AUGCUGCCACCACCGCACCUUGCCGCCACCGCCGUCGCCAACCCGAGGAUCGCCGCAGCCGCCUUCCCCGCUGGGUCGUCCCGCCGCCGGCCCCGCCACCGCGGCGCGAUGAUGUCCGUCUCCUGCUGCCGCGUCGCGGCGCUCGCCUCCCUCCUCGCGGUGGGCGCGGCCACCGCGUUCCUCACCUUCUCCCUCCCUUCCUCCCCGCGCGUGUUUUCCACCACGGAGUUCACAAGGGAGCUAUCCGCCCGGAGAUCCGCACCGCCACCGCCACCGCCAACUGUGACACGCGCUAAGACGCCUCCUCCUCCCCCGCUGUUACCGUCAACGACGCCACCGCCCGCCGCAAGGCGCCGGAAACGAGAGCCGUCGUACUGGAGGAUGGCGCCGGAGGAGGCGCUGCGGUACGCCAAGAAGGAGAUUCGCGACGCCGUGCCGGUUGUUGACGACCCGGACCUGUACGCGCCUCUGUUCAAGAACGUCUCCCAGUUCAAGAGGAGCUAUGAACUGAUGGAACGGAUACUCAAAGUUUACAUUUACCAGGACGGCCGGAGGCCCAUCUUCCACACGCCUCCCCUCAGCGGCAUCUACGCCUCCGAGGGCUGGUUCAUGAAGCUCCUCAAAGAGAGCCGCCGGUUCGUCGCCGCCGACGCCAGCAAGGCGCACCUCUUCUACCUGCCCUACAGCUCCCAGCAACUAAGGCGCACGCUCUACGUGGCCAACUCCCACAAUCUCAGGCCGCUGGCCGUGUACCUGAGAAACUUUGUCAGAGGCCUCGCCAACAAGUAUCCAUUCUGGAACCGUACAAGAGGAGCUGAUCAUUUCCUCGUCGCCUGCCAUGACUGGGGACCUUACACGACAACGUCGCACGGCGAUCUCCGGAGGAACACCAUCAAGGCGCUGUGCAACGCCGAUAGCUCAGAGGGGAUCUUUACCCUCGGCAAGGACGUCUCCCUCCCGGAAACGACCAUCCGCGCGCCGAAGCGGCCCCUCCGGUACGUCGGCGGGCUGCCGGUCUCCCGACGGGGCAUCCUGGCCUUCUUCGCCGGCAACGUGCACGGCAGGGUCAGGCCUGUGCUCCUCAAGCACUGGGGGAACGGGCAGGACGACGACAUGAGGGUGUACGAGCUGCUGCCAAACAGGGUGUCUCGGAGGAUGAGCUACAUCCAACACAUGAAGAACAGCCGGUUCUGCCUGUGCCCCAUGGGGCACGAGGUGAACAGCCCCCGGAUCGUGGAGGCGUUCUACUACGAGUGCGUGCCGGUGAUCAUCGCCGACAACUUCGUGCUGCCGCUCAGCGAGGUGCUAGACUGGAGCGCCUUCUCGGUGGUCGUCGCCGAGAAGGACAUACCGGACCUGAAGAGGAUCCUGCAGGGGAUCUCGCUCCGGAGGUACGUAGUGAUGCACAACUGCGUGAAGCGGCUGCAGAGGCACUUCCUGUGGCACGCCAGGCCCAUUGUUAAGUACGACCUCUUCCACAUGAUCCUGCACUCCAUUUGGUUGAGUAGAGUGAACCAAGUUCAACUUGAGGACUAA